AUGAAGGAGAACAAAAAAGCCAGUUUCGAAAUUUGGCCUCACGAUAAGAUACACCAGAAAGGCAUUUGGAGCAGGGCUUGUAUACUGUUGAAAAUGACAGAGCAGGGCAGUUUUUCAAACAAUCUUCUGGAUUUUGAUAACUUUGAUCCGUUCUCUGUUUCUUCCACUCAGAAAGCCAGCACUCACAAUGAAGCAACAGCCAAUCUAUCCUCAUCCAUUUUUGACAACGACCCCUUUGGAGCUGAUGACUGGCAGCAUGCAAUGGGAAAUGUUGGCAGUUCCGAAAGCAAUUUUUUUCCAAAUGGAGAAUCACUGAAGAAAAAUGAAAAUGAACAAAAAAUUGCAUUUAAUUCUUUUGGCAAUGAUUCAAACGAUUUCAUGAACUUUGAAAAUCAAAAUGGUAAAGCCAAUGAGAAAAUAAAAUUUGAUGAUGAUUUAUUUGCUGCCAAGCCAUAUGAUUAUUCUGAAGGCAGCAACAGUCAACAAAGUACUACUGUCACCAAAGAAUCAAAAUCUAUAAUUAAAAAUAACACCAACAAUAUUUUCAAUGAUGGUUUUGAACCUCCUCACCUGCAAACAACAAAGACGACAUCAACAUUCAUUAGUGAUGAAAGUUCACCAGGCUCAACUUCCAUAACAACUACAACAACCACAACUACUACAAAAGCUCUAUCCUCCAACCUUGAUGACCUUGAUGAUGAUUGGCUGAACAGUGUCAAGGCCAUCCAAUUAAAUGAUGCCACCAGUAAGGAGAAGUUGGAUGACAAGAAGAAUUUGAAUGAGGUCGUUCAUGAAGAGGUUGGGAGGUGUGCUGAUGAAAUGUUGUCUCGAAGCAAGCCCACUAACGAGGUUGAUGGACGUUCAGUGACGAAUCUUCACACAUCAAACAACAACUGUAACAGAAACAAAAUUAACAACAGCAGCAACAACAGUUAUUCAACUACUGCAACUACUGAUAUCAACGCUGACCACGGUCAACUUAAUGAUUGUGUUAAAAGACUUCAUCUACAUAACCUUCAGACCAUGCCCAAAUCCAAUAUUAAAUACAGUGUUCAUGCACUUUCAGCUGCAGAAGAUGAGGAGGAGGAAGAGGAAGAAGAUGAUGAUGGCGAAAUGAUGGAAACUGCUUGCGCUGUCAAAGUAAAUGAUGGAAAAGAUGAUCAUGAACAUCAUCUCAGCCCAGUUACUCAUCUCAAUCAAAACGACAGCCAGGAAAAGGUUUCCAUUGGUGGCGGUGAUUGUUGUGUUGAUAACAAAGAUGCUAAAAAGAAAGGUUUUUUUGGCAAAGAUGAUGAUGAUGAUGAUGAUGAUGAUGAUGAUGAUGAUGAUGAUGAUAAUGAAGAAAAGGAUGAAGAAGAAGAAGAAGAUGAUGAUGAUAAAGAAGUGAAUCAAGAGUCUUUGAUUGAUAAGAUGACUUUAAAAACACAAAGCUGUGAUAAGUAUGAUAAGGAUGUUAUCAUCAACAGACUUCAACACAGAGAUUGCAAGGAGGACUUCAGCACAUGCAGUAGUGUACCUAUUUAUAAAGAUACAAUCGGUCAUUGUGUUGAAGGUUCUAACAGUAAUAAGAAGAAAUUCAUUCGCAAUGCUUUCGUUGGUUCUGUUGAUAUUUCUGAAUCUAAAGAUCAUCAUCAUCGUCGUCGUCGUCGUCAUGGUCAUGAUGAUAAUGAUGAUGAUGGUGGUGGUGAUUGUCAUGAUGAUGAUGAUUGUGGCGAUGGUCAUGGUAAUGAUGAUGAUGACGGCAUACAGUCGGAGCAAGACUCAUUCAAUGCGGAUGAGGUGCUCGGUGAAUUGUUGAGAAUUCAGAAUGAGGAAAAGACGGCAUCAUCGUCAUCGUUACCAGCACCACUUCCUCGUCAUUCACUCGCAUCAUUUUCUUCAUCGCCACAAGCUGUCAUGUCAACAAUUGAAGAAAACAACGAUGAUGGUGAUGGUGAUAGUGAGAUAGACGAAUAUGCAGGUUGUGAUUCAGCUUAUAGGAUGAUGAUUCAAGAGGAAUAUGAUGAUGAAAUGAGUAGACGCGUUGAUGACCGUGAUGAUGAUAAUGUUGAAUACGGUGGCGUAAGAUACGUAGACAGUGAUUUUAAUGAAUCGUUUAAUAGAGCCACACGUAGCGAUGGCAAUUAUAAUGCAAGUUAUGAAAUAACUGAUGAUGGUGAUAGAAAAGAAAAUCAUGAUGAUGGGGAUGAUAAUAACGAUGUUGGAAGUAGAAAAUUGCGGUCUGCAAAAGAAAAUGAUAAUUUCUGGAAGGAUGGUGAUAAGAUGACGAUGGUAGUGACGCCUAAUGGCGAGAGUGAUAAUGAUGAUAAGAUAGGUGAUUCAACUGCAAUUCAUGUCGGAUCAACUUCUUCAUUCAAAUCUGGUGCUACUAAUCAAGGACCAUCAUCAUUUACACCAUCAUCAUCAUCUUCUUCUUUUUCUUCUUCUUCUUCUUCAGGAACAACAACAACAACAGUAGCAUCAUUAUCAUCCCGAAUCAAGUUGAAUGAUGGCGCUCCAAUGAGAUUCCAUUGUGCCCACAUUUUGAAUGGGAGUGACAAAAAUAUUGAUGACCACGGUCAUGAUACUACUACUACUACUACUACUACUACUACUACUACUACUACUACUACUACUACUACUACUACUGCUACUAAUAAUAAUAGUAAUAAUAAUAAUAAUUUUUAUGAUAAUAAUGAUAAUAAAAGUAAAAACCACAAGAGAAGUGCCUUUGCCGAAUUAGCAUCUACUGGUAAUUAUUACCUUUGA